GUAAUUGUUUUCACUUUUCAGAAAGCCCAAGAAGUUGUUUUGUUCUAGUCAGGGCAGGCUCUUUUUUGCGCAUUUCACCGCUGAUCAUGAGCUUAGCUGCGGUCUGAUGAUUUUAAGAUGGUUGGCAGAGAUGAGAUAGAGUCACUAAGAAUUGAGUUGGAAGAGUUUGGAAGAAGCCUUAGGUUAUCAUUUCAGAGUCGCUCCUCCAGUUUCCGAGGCAAUUCAGUAUUGAGUUCUGCCAAAGAUGACUCUGAUGCUCAAUAUGCUGAGCAGUGGGCAGCUAUUGAGAGAUUGCCAACAUUUGAACGAUUGAAAUCAUCUUUGUUUGAUAAGGGUGAGGAUGAAAAUGAGGCUGACGGUGAAGGAAAGCGAGUGGUUGAUGUUACCAAGCUUCGAGCUCUGGAACGACAUCUGUUCAUAGAGAAGCUCAUCAAACACAUUGAGAAUGACAACCUUCGUCUCUUGCGUAAAAUUAGAAAUAGGAUUGACAGGGUUGGCGUAGAAUUGCCCACUGUCGACGUGAGGUAUAAGGAUCUCUGUGUGGAAGCAGUGUGUGAGGUGGUUCAUGGAAAACCCCUCCCAACUCUAUGGAAUUCUGUCAAAAGCAUGCUUUCUGUUUUAGCCAAGUUUCCUGGUUCAAAGUCUCGUGAGGCCAAGAUAAGCAUUAUUAAAGACUUUAGGGGUACAAUAAAGCCAGGAAGGUUAACUUUACUUCUUGGCCCCCCAGGAUGUGGGAAGACCUCCUUUUUAAAGGCGCUAUCAGGGAAUCUGGACAAAUCCCUCAAGUGGUCAGGCGAAGUUACCUACAAUGGACACAAACUAGGGGAGUUUGUCCCCCAGAAAACUUCAGCUUAUAUAAGCCAACUCGACGUGCACAUUCCUGAGAUGACUGUGAGGGAAACACUUGAUUUUUCAGCCCGCUGUCAGGGUAUUGGAAGCCGAGCUGAUUUUAUGCUGGAAGUGAGUAAAAGGGAGAAGGAGGCAGGAAUUAUUCCAGAUCCAGAUGUAGAUACCUACAUGAAGGCAAUUUCUGUUCAAGGACUGAAAAGAACGCUUCAGACAGACUACAUAUUGAAGAUCCUUGGACUUGAUAUAUGUGCUGACACUCUGGUUGGAGAUGCCAUGAGAAGAGGUAUCUCUGGUGGACAAAAGAAGAGACUAACAACAGCGGAGAUGAUCAUUGGUCCCACGAAAGCUUUGUUCAUGGAUGAAAUAACAAAUGGCUUGGACAGUUCCACUGCAUUCCAGAUUGUUGCUUGUCUUCAGCAGCUGGUGCAUAUAACAGAUGCUACUUUACUAGUUUCUCUUCUUCAGCCUGCACCGGAGACCUUUGAUCUCUUUGAUGACCUUAUAUUAAUGUCAGAAGGGAAGAUUGUUUAUCAUGGUCCGCGGGAUCAUGUCUUGGAAUUUUUUGAGGAUUGUGGGUUUAAGUGUCCUGAGAGGAAAGGGGUUGCUGAUUUCAUUCAAGAGGUAAUCUCUAAAAAGGAUCAAUCACACUAUUGGUACCAUGCGGAACCUCACAACUAUAUAUCCAUUGAUAUGUUCUCAAAAAAAUUCAAGGCAUCUUCUUUUGGGAAGAAGCUAGAUGAAGAUCUCAUACAGACAGAUGAUGAGCCCCAAAACCAUAAGAAUUCUCUUGCCCUUAGUGUGUAUUCUCUUUCUAAAUGGGAACUCUUUACAGCUUGUGCAUCAAGAGAACUUCUUCUAAUGAGGAGGAAUUCUUUUAUCUAUGUGUUCAAGACAGUUCAGCUUAUCAUCAUUUCAUUUAUUACGAUGACUGUAUUUUUGAGGACUCGAAUGGAUGUUGAUGUUCUGCAUGGUAACUACUACAUGGGUGCCUUGUUCUUUGCUCUCACCAUACUUCUCGUCGAUGGAAUUCCUGAGAUGUCGAUGACACUUCAAAGACUGGAAGUUUUCUACAAACAGAGAGACCUGUGUUUCUACCCAGCUUGGGCUUAUGCAGUUCCUGCAACACUAUUAAAAGUUCCUGUUUCAUUUGUGGAAGCCCUGGUUUGGACUUCUCUUACUUAUUAUGUCAUUGGAUACAGUCCUGAGGCCCAGAGGUUCUUCUGCCAGUUCUUGCUACUUUUUGCCGUUCACUUAACAUCACUAUCCAUGUUUCGCUUCCUGGCCUCAUUCUUUCAGACUAUGGCUGCCACUAUGACAGCUGGUAGUUUUGCAAUAUUGUUUCUCUUGCUAUUUAGUGGAUUUGUUAUCCAAAAACCUUCCAUGCCUGCUUGGUUAGAGUGGGGUUUCUGGGUUUCCCCCCUGACAUAUGGAGAGAUAGGUCUCUCUGUAAAUGAGUUUCUUUCUCCUCGAUGGCAAAAGAUGCUAUCCACAAACACUACUAUUGGGAGAGAAGUACUUGGAAGCCGUGGGCUAAACUUUGAUGGAUAUCUCUACUGGAUAGCACUUGGUGCCUUAUUUGGGUUUUCAAUAGUUUUCAGCAUCGGAUACACCUUGUCAUUAAGUUUCUUGAAGUCUCCGGGAUCAUCUCGUGGUAUCAUUUCACAUGAAAAGCUCUCCCAAAUUCACAGAGCUGAUGACUACCUCAGUGAUGCCAAUGUAGAAGAAAAGUUGGCAAAUCAUCCUCCUAAAACCACCAAUAAAGGCAGGAUGGUCUUACCUUUUACUCCCUUGACACUGGUGUUCCAAGAUGUGCAAUACUAUGUUAUUCCUUUGGAAACCAGGGAACGUGGAUUUAAUCAGAAAAAACUCCAGCUUCUGAGUGAUGUUACAGGAGCAUUUAGGCCUGGUGUUCUUACAGCAUUGAUGGGUGUCAGUGGAGCUGGGAAAACAACUCUUCUUGAUGUUCUGGCAGGCAGAAAGACUAGUGGCUACACUGAAGGAGACAUAAAGAUUGGUGGGUAUCCCAAGGUUCAAGAAACAUUUGCUAGGAUAUUGGGUUACUGUGAGCAGACCGACGUACAUUCUCCACAAAUCACCGUAGAAGAAUCUCUGAUCUUUUCUGCUUGGCUGCGUCUGGCGUCUCAGAUUGACUCAAAAACAAAAGCUGAGUUUGUGAAUGAAGUCCUUGAGACCAUUGAGCUUGAUGGGAUAAAAGAUGCCUUGGUUGGCAUACCUGGUGUUAGUGGUCUAUCAACUGAGCAGCGUAAGCGGCUUACAAUUGCUGUGGAGCUUGUUUCAAACCCCUCCAUAAUCUUCAUGGAUGAACCUUCAACUGGUUUGGAUGCAAGAGCUGCUGCAAUAGUCAUGCGAGCAGUGAAGAAUGUAGCUAAUACAGGAAGAACAAUUGUAUGCACCAUUCACCAACCAAAUAUCGAUAUAUUUGAGGCAUUUGAUGAGCUAAUUCUUUUGAAAACCGGAGGACGUAUAAUCUACUCUGGACCAUUGGGCCAGCACUCGAGUAGGGUUAUAGAAUAUUUUCAGAGUAUUCCUGGUGUUCAUAAAAUUAGAGAUAACUACAAUCCAGCAACGUGGAUGCUCGAGGUCACUUCUACAUCAGCUGAAGCUGAACUUGGUGUUGAUUUUUCCCAAAUAUACAGAAAAUCUUCUUUGCAUGAGAACAAUAUAGAGCUUGUAAGACAGUUGAGCACCCCACCUCCUGGUUCAAGAGAUCUGCAUUUUUCUACCCGCUUUUCUCAAAAUGGAUGGAUACAAUUCAAAUCUUGUCUAUGGAAGCAGAACUUGUCUUAUUGGAGGAGUCCUCCAUACAACUUGAUGCGCAUCAUGCAUACGGUUGUAUCAUCCAUAAUUUUUGGGGCAUUAUUUUGGAACCAAGGACAGCAUAUAACCAAUCAGCAAAACUUAUUUAACAUACUUGGUUCAAUGUACGCCGGCGUCAUCUUCUUGGGCAUAAAUAACUGCUCAACAGUUCUGCAAUAUGUUGCAACAGAGAGAACUGUUAUGUAUAGGGAGAAAUUUGCAGGGAUGUACUCUCCAUGGGCUUUUUCACUUGCACAGGUGGCAGUAGAAGUUCCCUAUCUAUUUAUCCAGGCAGUCAUAUUUCUGAUCAUCACAUAUCCCAUGAUUGGAUAUUAUGGAUCAGCAUAUAAGGUUUUCUGGUACUUCUAUGCUGUGUUUUGUUCAUUGAUGUACCACAACUACAUGGGAUUGAUGCUGGUGUCGUUGACGCCAAACUUCAUGAUAGCUGCAAUUCUAUCGUCGGUGUUCUACACGUUAUACAAUCUGUUUGCUGGUUUUCUGAUUCCUAGACCGCAAAUUCCUAAAUGGUGGAUUUGGUUGUAUUACCUGACUCCAACAUCUUGGUCACUACACGGUUUGCUUACUUCACAAUAUGGAGACAUAAACAAGGAGGUUAUAGUAUUUGGGGAAACCAAAACAGUGUCUGACUUCUUAAAGGAUUACUUUGGGUUUCACCAUGAUCAGUUGGCUCUGGUUGCAGUGGUUCUCAUUGCUUUUCCCAUUGCUUUCGCAUCCAUUUUUGCGUUCUGCAUAGGGCGGUUGAACUUCCAGAGGAGGUGAAACUCCCUCUUACCAUAGAUGAGGAAAAUGUCAUAUGUACUAGAUAGCCAUCUGUUUGUAUGUAAACCUGUCAGUUGGUAAUAAUGUUCAAAACUAUUAUAGCCUCCUACAAGAUAUGUUUUAAGUUGUAAGUUUGUAAUGUUAGAUAAAUUAUGUUUCUCUUUUCCUCUCAGCCAUUUGGAUGGAAUAUUUCUAGGCUCUGAGCCAAAUUAACGAAGGAACAAGAAAUUAAAAUUUUAAGAAAACGAGUGGAUCAAUAAUCAUAAUUUCGUUGUUUACCAAACAAAUGUAUCAAGACAUUGAUGUUGCUUUGCAGCUGAUGCUUUCUUGCGCACAGCAAUCUAAUACAGAAAUCAGCUUUUUUACAUUUUUUCAUCCACUAGACUCAAAAUUCAAUACAUCUUCUUUAAUGUGAUCCAAACAUGCCAAAUGGAAAUAUUUGAAAAUUAAAAAAAAAGGGAAACACAAUGACAAGCAAGCGAACGCGAGACUUCUGACUUCGAAAGCAGAUUAUUGACCAACUGCAAGCAGAGA